CUAUGCUAUCCACAACGCCAGUUCCGUCGUAAACAAAUCAACUGUAAACAGUAACCAUGGCAGUAAUUAAACGAUAACGGUAAUUAUCCAAUGCGGUUGCGGUAAUUACCAGUAAAUGUGCGUCGUAUAAUUAUUUUCACCUUAAUCGAAGAGUUUUAAUUGCAUCACAUUUUUUUGUAAUUGGCGUUUGCGGUGCCUGAAAAAAUGGAAAUAUCUCCCAGAAGAACAGAUUCACUCAUUUCUCUGUGCGUCGAUUACGUUACAAAAAACCUAUCGGAAUACGUCAACGAUAGCAAUGCCCUAAGGUACUUUCCGGCAAAUUUAAAAAGUAGACUGUUAAAAAGAUUUUUGUCAUCUUCAUUCUUUUGGAAGGAAUGCAUGUUUAACGAUGCCCUGUCAAUGCUGAUUCAUCCUUUAAUACAACAGAUUGACCUCACAUCGGCAACCGUUAACGACGAAAUCUUAGACCUUUUAAAAGGUUGUCAUCAUUUAAGAAAGGUGUACUUGACACGGGUUAAAAACUACGACUUAAGUAGUCAAGCUUUAAUUGAUUUUUUAUCACCGUUGGAAAAUUUGUUUGUGCUACAACUGUCAAAUUGUUACGCCGUGAACGAUGACGUCUUGGCUACGGUCGCGAAAAGUUGCCCCAACCUGUCCGGAUUAGACGUGGGUGGCUGUGUACAGGUCACCGAUACCGCCGCUGGGGCCCUGUCGGUCAUGCAACAUUUGCAAUGGAUUACACUUUCCGCGACGCAGGUUAGCAAUAAAGGGAUCGAGAAGUUGGUGCAAGGACCUAGCGGCGAAAAAGUAAAGGAAUUACGUAUAUCGCAUUGUAGCAAUAUUUCCGAUAACAUUUUGACGGAAGUUAUUCAGUUUUGCCCCAAUAUCGAAGUGCUUAUAUUUCAUAAUACCGAGUGCAAAGAUAACGGCACAUCUCUCAAGAAAAUGGAAGAGGGAGGAUUGAAAAAUUUAAAACAGUUGACAUGGACUAUCUCCUGGUAGCAAAAGACCCCCGAUAUUUUAUUAAUCAAACUGUGAACUUUAUUAAACUUAGUGUGAUAGUUUAGCUGUAUUAAUUUUGUAUUACUAAGUCUGCUAAUAUUAAGCUAUGUGGUCUACAUUCGAUAUUAAAUGUUUUAAUUUAC